GCACCAGCCACAGAGGUAGCUUCAGCAGCAAUCUGAGGCGUCAGGUAGCCGCACACACGUAGAUUAGGUACCUAGAUACCUAAGCCUUAUGGGUCAGUGCUUUCAAGUUAUUCUCAUUGUACGCGUCGGAGCUCUUGCCUAGCUGUUAGCCUUAGUUCAAUAGCCCCCAGCCUUUCCUAGAAACAUUAUCAAUUCGUGGUAGCAUCCAACGUCGGAGCUUUGAUACUUAAUACAAACACCACUAAUCCGACUUCUACCAACAACGAACUGGCCUUCGUCAGCUCACCUUAUUUUCAAGGCUAGGAAUAAAAUUCUAUUCUUGAUUUUCACGGCCAGAUUCCCCACCAUGUCUCGCCGCUACGAUUCUCGAACCACUAUCUUCUCGCCUGAGGGUCGCUUGUAUCAGGUCGAAUAUGCGCUCGAAGCUAUAUCCCACGCCGGAACUGCGAUCGGAAUCCUCGCCAAAGAUGGCAUCGUCUUGGCCGCAGAGCGCAAGGUUACGUCGAAGCUAUUAGAGCAAGAUACCUCAGCGGAGAAGCUCUACAUUUUGAACGACAACAUGAUCUGCGCGGUUGCAGGCAUGACAGCCGAUGCAAACAUCCUCAUCAACUAUGCCCGACAAGCCGCUCAACGGUAUCUCCUAACCUACAACGAAGACAUUCCAUGCGAACAGCUAGUGCGAAGACUAUGCGAUCUUAAGCAGGGAUACACCCAACACGGUGGACUACGACCGUUUGGCGUAUCAUUCAUCUAUGCGGGAUGGGAUCCCCAGCGACAAUUCCAACUUUACCUGAGCAACCCAUCGGGUAACUAUGGCGGUUGGAAGGCGACAAGUGCCGGUGCCAACAAUGCAAGCGCCUCAAGCUUAUUGAAGCAAGACUAUAAGGAGGAUUGCACAUUGAAGGAGGCCUGCGGUAUGGCAGUCAAGGUGCUAAGCAAGACUAUGGACUCAACCAAGCUAAGCAGUGAGAAGAUCGAGUUCGCAACGGUGGGACAGACCAAGGACGGUAAGAUCUACCACCGACUUUGGAGUGCGGAUGAGAUCACUGCGCUCUUAAAGGAGCACGACCUAGCAAAGGAUGAGAGCGCGGAAGAUAAAUGAGCCAGAUUUUUUUAUAGAUCAUAGACCCCGUAGGUCUUAAAGGUGCCCGGGGUCGACCAUGGAUCAAUACCAAAUCAUAGGAGCAUUAGCUGAUUUUGAGGUUGGUAUAUCGCCAUACCCGAAUCAACAUGAUCAACCGUUUUUUGCACCACGGUAUUGAGUUUCAGUUGUUCUGAGGUUGAGCACCUGGAAGAGAUAGAUACAUGAAUAAAACUAUGUCAAAGACUUCUAAA